UCUCUCACGACUGUGCGGUACGGGCUCCUUUUCCUUAAAGUACUCUUUCCAUCCCAAUUGCACACUUCACCGGCUAAUCGAUCGUCUAUCGCAUUUGUCUGAUUGGGAAGCAAAGCCCUAAUUCUUCCCGGCGUCUAGCUCUCCGGGCUUUGUAAGUAUUUCUAUGAUGAAUGAGACUGCUAAAGAUUCAGGAACGAACCCAUUAGUUAUUCUUCAGAGCGUCGUAGUCUCGUAGAUAUCGAUCAUCUGCUUUCCAUUCAGGUAUUCAUCGUCUCCUCAAAUUGCAGUCUUUCACUCUCAUCUCCGUGUGCGAAUAAGGUGUAUAUGUUCUGCUCAGUAUUUGAUAGUACCUAUCAAUUCAUGUGACGGGAAUGAGGAUUGUGAACUUUGUGAAGAACAUUUGGCCUUUGUCAAUAUUCAAGAACGACGACUUGAGGGUUUCGGAGAGAUUAGUUAGGAAAUUAUCGAUACCCGAUUGCACGAAACAGUUUGUUUACGCGAUUCCCGAUCCUAACUCGGACGCUGUUAUAUACGUGGUUUGUGUUCAGAACCUCUCUGAGCAGUCGGCUAUGGAUGCUGAAUGCGUGAUUAGGGAAAUCCGGCCAGAUGCUGUGGUGGUCCAAGUGGAUAACAUGACUAGCGAGAUUCUCAGGGAGGGAAAUGAGAGUAAAAACAAUAAAGGUUUUCUGAAGUUCAUGCUUUUUGGUGGAAAUGACAAUGUCUGUGAGGAGAUCUCGGUUCCAACCUCUGCAAUUGAGGUGCUGAAGAGGUGCUUUAUGCAUAAGAUUAACAAGGAGAAGUAUGAGAGCAUGGCAGGGAACUUGGUUUUGAAAGAGAUUUUUGGUGUAGGGUUUGAUGGAUUUGUGUUGGCAGCAAAGAGAGCAGCAGAAGAAGUUGGUUCAGCUCUUUUAUUACUUGAUUCCCCUUUUGUAAAAAGCACAGAUGAUAAUGAAUGUUCUACUGCAGUGGGAGACGAAGGGCUGGGAGUUCUCGGUAUAAGGACCCACAAUGGUUUGGAUCUUCAAAGGUCAUUCCCAAUCUUUCACACAGAUAACAUCCAAACUCAAAUGGUUAGACUAUCAUCAUAUUUACUUAAUUCAUUUCCCGUUUCAAAAAACCAGUCCGAGAGUAUCACUCCACAAUUACAAUAUCAAGUUCCUCAAUUUGCACAGUCUGUUUACCCUUUACUUGUCGAUUUGCAUGAUAGUUUCAUUGAUAUCCCUUCAAUAACGAGAGCAUUAGCUUACGCUCAGAAAAUGUUGUACGAUGUGAGUAAAGGAGAAAUGGUGAAAGCAGAAGUCCUCUCUGAAGUUCAUAUAUUCAGAACCGCAGUUGAGUCAUUGAGAGUUGCAUUAAAUAAGGCCAGUCGGGCGCCUAUUACUAUUACCGGAAAUGGAAGCCAUGAGUUUCCUGACAUGUCUAUUGAGGACAAAUCACAAGCACUUCUUGCACAGGCUCUCAGAAGCCAAACAAAGAAGUUCAAAUCAAUUGUUGCUGUAGUGGAUGCCCGCGGGUUAGUCGGGCUGAGGAAACACUGGAACACCUGUCUUCCGUUGGAAAUCAAAGACAUGGUUGACCAGCUUGUGACUGACUGGGAGAGUGGCGAAACAUCUAAGAUGGACAGAAAGAGCUUACUGGCAGGAAAACCGGUGGUGGCAGUUGGGGCAGGAGCAACAGCAGUUUUAGGAGCUUCAUCCUUAUCCAAAGUGAUUCCUUUAUCAACUGUUAUGAAGGUCGUCACAUUUAAAUUCCCCACCACAAUUAAACUAAUGAUGACUCAACCCCAAAAGCUUGCAGCUAUUAUGCUUGGGAAGUCAAAGGUUGUGGCCCCAGGGAUGGGCCUAAAAUCGUCUGUUUUCAGGGCAGCUGCAUCAACUGAGAAAAUCCGUGUCGUGGCUCAUAGCUUCAUAACCUCGGCCCAGAAAACCAGUUUCUCUGCCAUGAGGAGUGCUUUUUAUGAGAUUAUGAGGAAACGGCAUGUACGUCCAAUUGGUGUUUUGCCAUGGGCCACAUUUGGGUGCAGUGUGGCCACCUGCACUGGAUUAAUUGCUUAUGGGGAUGGGAUUGAGUGUGCUGCUGAGUCACUACCGUCUGCUCCUUCGAUUGCUAGUUUGGGUCGUGGGAUUCAGAGUUUGCAUGAGGCAUCAAAAGCUGUGAGGCAAUCUACAGGAGUCGUCCCUUCUUAUGUAAAGUUAAGAACGUAAAAAAAAGUCUCAUUUCCUUUCUUUUGUGCAACGUGGCUCAGAGUGAAUCUGGGGCUUCUAUUAGCGUUGUCUGUAUAUAUAAUUGGGUAUAGAGAGGCUUGCUGUUGUAAGCAGUUUCAACUAAUGAGGGCGCUGCAUCAAAAUUUCAAGGAGAUAUGCACUUACUGAUAGCUUACAUUUUUUCACUGGAAAACCAGAUUUUUUUUGGCUUUUCAUGCAGAGAUAAAAGUACAUACUUGUAGACAUGUAGACAUGUUGUAGCCUGCACAAUGUAUUAAGGAACUCCAAUAUAUUUCAGAUACUUGCUGACCCCAAACUCAUGUGUCGAUUCAUGUUAGCUGGCCAUAAACUCAUUACUCAUGUGUCGAUUCAUGUUAGCUGACCAUAAACUCAUUACUCAUGUGUCGAUUCAUGUUAGCUGAUCCCAAACUCUUAUGGGACUAAGGCUUGGAGUUGUAGUUGUUGUUGCUGACUGGAAAAGAAAACCUGUAGAAGUUGAGGGACGUCUUUUGUAUUUUACUUGUGUAAUUUUUUCUUUAAUUUAACCUGUCUGCAUUGGGUAGGCGACCACCCUCGUG